AUGGUGUCCCUUCUUUUAUUUCGGUGGAUUCUCAUAAUGCUUUUCUGUUCACUUUUAAGGCUUUCUUACUUUCAAGCUUCUGGCAUUUGCACGUUUACUUCUAUUCCCUUUGCUGCAACUACAACUACAGCUACAAUUGGUUAUGAAGACCAAAACAGCGAAGCAAGUGCUCUAUUAAAGUGGAAAGCCAGCCUUGAAAACCAAAGCCAAGCUUCCUUGUCCUCUUGGACCACCAUAACUGCCACUCCUUGCAACUGGGAAGGAAUUGUUUGUGACGAAUCCAAGUUUGUCACCACUAUAAAUGUUACAAAUUCUGGACUUAAAGGUACUCUUCUUGGUCUCAACUUCUCAUCCUUUCCCAAGUUGAUGUGUCUGGAUAUAAGUCACAACUCGUUUCAUGGAACUAUUCCCCACCAAAUUGGUAAUUUGUCUAGAAUUUCUCAACUGAAAAUGGAUCAUAAUCUCUUCUGUGGUAUCAUCCCCCUAGAAAUAGGAGCACUGAGAUAUCUAAGUCAUCUUGAUAUUGGAAGGUGUAAGCUCAAUGGGUCAAUCCCUAUUUCCAUAGUGAAGUUGGCCAACUUGUCAUAUCUAGAUUUAGCUGGCAAUCAACUUUCUGGCUGUAUUCCUCAGGAGAUUGGGGAAUCACGUAACUUGAAGUAUCUGUCUUUACGAGCAAAUGGACUUUCUGGUUCCAUUCCUCCAACAAUUGGAAUGUUGACAAAUCUCGUUAAACUUGAUUUGUCAACUAACUCUCUCUCUGGUGCAAUUCCUUCAAUGAGAAACUUGAGAAAUUUAGAACAACUUGUACUCUUUAACAACCGUCUCUCUGGUCAAAUCCCAUCUUCCAUUGGAGACUUGGCCAAUUUGAGUAAGCUUCAGCUCACUGGUAAUAAACUUGAUGGAUCAAUUCCUUCCGCACUUGGAAACUUGACAAAACUUAUCCAAUUGUCCUUGUCAGAAAACAAGCUUUCUGGAUCAAUUCCUGCUUCCUUAGGAAACUUGGUCAAUCUAGAGCGGCUUAGCCUUUCAGAAAACAAUCUUUCUGGACCUAUUCCUUCUACCUUUGGAAAUUUGACAAAACUCACCCACCUAUUACUUCAUAUGAACAACCUUAACGGUUGUCUCCCGCCAACAAUGAAUAAGGUCACUAAUUUGAAAAGCUUACAACUAAGUGCCAAUGAUUUCACUGGCCCUUUGCCACAACAGAUUUGCCUUGGUGGGUCGCUGACAAAUUUUUCUGCUGAUAAGAAUCAUUUCACCGGUCCAGUUCCAAUAAGCUUGAAGAAUUGCUCCAGCCUUUUUAGGCUCAACCUUGCGAGAAACAUGUUGACUGGAAAUAUAUCCGAUGAUUUUGGUGUAUAUCCAAAGUUGAACUACAUUGAUCUGAGUGAUAAUCAUUUUUAUGGCAAACUUUCACCAAAUUGGGCAAAGUGCCCUAGUCUCACAAGCCUUAAGAUUUCCAACAACAAUUUAUCCGGUGGAAUACCACCAGAACUCGGCCAGGCUCCCAAGUUAGAAUUACUUAAUCUGUCUUCAAAUCAUCUAACAGGGAAAAUUCCAAAAGAACUAUGUAACUUGACCUCAUUGUUUCAACUCUCGUUAAGUAAUAAUGAGCUUUCAGGCAACAUUCCCAUAGAAAUAGGAUCUAUGGUGAAACUUGAACUUUUGGAGUUGGCAGCAAAUAAUUUAAGUUGCCCAAUCCCAAAAGAGCUCGGACAGUUGCUCAUUUUAUUGAAUUUGAAUUUGAGCAAGAAUAAAUUCGUGGAAAGCAUUCCAUCUGAACUUGGGCAACUGCAAUCUCUUAAAAGUCUCGAUCUCAGUGUGAAUUCGUUGAAUGGACAAAUACCAGCUACGUUUGGAAAGUUGCAAAGAUUGGAAACGUUGAACCUCUCACACAAUAAUCUCUCUGGAACAAUUCCAUCUGAUUUUAAGGAUAUGUUCAGCUUGACAUAUGUUGACAUAUCUAACAACCAAUUGGAGGGUCCAAUUCCUAACAAUCCAGCAUUUUCCAAAGCUCCAAUUGAAGCAUUGGAAAAUAAUAAAGGCUUGUGUGGUAAUGCCUCCGGCUUGGUGCCUUGCCGAGAGUUGCGUCACAACCUAUUGGUACUAUUCCUUAUUCUGGGUGCUCUAUUGGUAGUAGUGUUGGUGGUUGGAGUUUCAUUAUGUAUUCAUUGUCUAAGAGCAAGAAAAAUCAAAAUGCAGGCUGGAGAAGAACAAAUUCAAGAUCUUUUUUCCAUAUGGAAUUAUGAUGGAAAAUUAGUACAUGAAAAUAUCAUUGAAGCCACAGAGGAGUUUGAUGACAAAUAUCUCAUUGGAGAAGGAGGAUCUGGAGCUGUUUACAAGGCUAUCUUAUCCACAGGACAGGUUGUUGCUGUGAAAAAACUUCAUGCUGCAGCAGUAGAUGGGGAAAUGCUUGAUUUUAAAGCUUUUGCAACUGAAGUUCGAGUCUUAACAGAAAUCAGACAUCGUAACAUUGUGAAGUUGUAUGGAUUUUGUUCACAUCCACGCUACUCUUUUUUGGUUUAUGAGUUCCUGGAAGGGGGCAGCUUGGAUAAAGUACUAAAAAAUGAUACACAUGCAACAAUGUUUGAUUGGAAUAGGAGGGUGAAUGUUGUUAAAGGGAUGGCAAAUGCUCUAUACCAUAUGCAUCACGGUUGCUCCCCUCCUAUAGUUCAUCGUGACAUAUCAAGCAAGAAUGUUCUUUUAGAUUUGGAAUAUGAAGCUCGCAUCUCUGACUUUGGAACAGCUAAGAUUCUGAAUCCUGAUUCACGCAAUUUAUCCUCGUUUGCAGGAACCUAUGGGUAUGCUGCACCAGAGCUUGCUUAUAUUACGGCAGUGAAUGAGAAAUGUGAUGUCUUUAGUUUUGGAGUGCUUUCUUUGGAAAUAAUCAUGGGGAAGCAUCCAGGAGAUCUCAUAUCUUCAUUGUUUUCAUCCUCUGAAAUGUCAGUAGCCUCUCAUUUGCUAUUGAAAGAUGUGCUGGAUCAACGACUUCCACAUCCAAUGAAGCCAGUUGUUAAGGAGGUGAUCUUGAUUGCAAAAAUAGCAUUUGCUUGCUUGAGUGAAAGUCCACAUUCUCGCCCAACCAUGGAAGAAGUGCAUAACAUGUUUGUGAUGUCAAAACUACCUUUAAUGGAGACAUUCCGCAUCAUCACACUUGGACAACUUCUAAAUUAUUGA